AUGAGUGACGUAUCUGCAGAAGAGAAAAGAAGACUCUUACGUGAGAGAAGACAGGCUAAAAUGGCCAAGGGCAAUGCCUCUAACAGGCUCAAUGAGAUUCUUUCUCAGGGCUCGUCCGUCAAGACUAACGCUAAGUCUGUUCUUGAGGGAGAGGAAGCUCAGGCUACUGCGCAACCAUCAGCCAGAAGUACUGGAACUCCUUUACAUGAUGACCCAGAGGUUCCUGACAUCACAUCGCUUCUUCAAUCUAACACUCCUGCCAAUACAGCAGAAGGCACACCCGACAUGGAAGAGGUGUUCAAGAAGAUCUUUGGUGGUGCAGCUGGACCCAAUGCUCAAGCUGGUGACGGUAGUGAUGCCGCUGAAGGCCAGAAUCCUUUCAUUUCCCAGAUCAUGCAAAUGAUGUCUGAAGGUGUUGGUGCUCAAGGUGAACAGGGCCAAACUGAUGAGGUCUCCUCUUAUCAGGCACAGGUGCAGCAAUACCAGGCCUACCAGGAAAAGAGACUUAAGGUUCACCUUUUAAUCGUUCGUUACUUUGUUCACAUUGCUAACUUUGUCUACCACUAUGUGACAAGUACACAGUUCCAAUCAUCACCACACUUGUACAUUCGUGGGCUCAGCAUUAGCGUGGAAGGAAAGUCUUUCUUUAGCUACUUCAUGGCUUCAGAGAUUGUCUUUAUUUCUGCCUACUUUGCACUUCUAGCCAGUAAAGGCGUUUUGGGCGCCAAUUCUAAAAAACACUUUAUUUCAAAAGCAAUGAACUUUGGAUCACUCGUGCUACCUUCCAUCACGCAAUACCAGCCAUUAGUGGAGUCCAUUCUUGUCUACUCAGAAGGUCUUGGUAUCUUUUUAGCUGAUAUUGCAUUAAUCGUUUUGCUUUUUGGCUUUGUUAGUAUUUACGGUUAG